AUGGUCACGUGGGUGGUUACAGACGUGGAGGGCAGCACACAGCUGUGGGAGUGGGACGCUGAUGUCAUGGAUGACGCGGUGGAGCGCCACAACAAGAUCUUGCGGGGGCUGCUGGACGUGCACGGCGGCCACGAGGUCCGCACCGACGGCGACUCCAUGUGCGCUGCCUUCCACGAUGCCGUGGACGCGGUGACCUGGGCUGUCGCAGCGCAGGCAGCGCUGCUGGCGCACCCCUGGCCAGCCCGCCUGCUGGAGCAUCCCUACUGCGCGCCAGUGACGCUGGUGUUCCAGAAGACGUGUUUGUGCAUGACGUGA